AUGGGUUGCAUUGCGUCGAAGGAUGUCGUCUCUGUGAACCCUGCUCUAGAUCACUCAGGCGCAAUCAGGAUCCAUAGUUCCGGAGGGGCGUCGUCUUCUUCUCGCCGGAAUGGGGCGAAGAAGAGAUACGGAAACCUCGUCACGGAUGCGUCGACGGAGUCCAGGAAGGCUAGCUCAAAUGCCACCAGCGCGCUGAGCUUCCGGCUGUCGAACCUCCACAAGUACCUGGAAGGGGAACUGGUGGCGGCCGGUUGGCCCGCCUGGCUGAGCGCAGUUGCUGGAGAGGCCAUUCAAGGAUGGGUGCCGCUCAAGUCCGACUCAUUUGAGAAGCUGGAAAAGGUAAUGGGCAAAACCUUUCGCCAACGUUUUUAUCACCGAUGGUUCCGGCUCUUUGCUUCAAGAAAUAUUCGUAUGAAUCACAACUUUCAACGUCUGCGUUGAAGUGAAAGUUUAAAUGUCGACUGAUUUUAUGUAUUUAGAUAGUGAAUCCUAAUUUACUUCACGGAUAUGCAUCUGCACACUUGCCACCAAAAGAUCUUUAAAGGCCUCUAAUGAGACAUAUGAAUGUGGGUGCACCACAUUCCGAGUUCCCACAUCCUUCUGGUUGUAUAUUGUCUCUCAGUUUUUGCUUCUGUGAAUAGAUUCCUCAGAAGUUUCUUUCCUCUGGUUCAUUGAUGUCUGCCGAGGGCAUAUAAAAUUGAUUAUAAUCUACGACAACGUUAUGCAACAAUCAGGUAACCUUGGUGUUUUGUUGCCAAAUUCAGUCACUGUUUCUAAAAUCAGCCACCCACACAAUCAGGCUGAUUGUGUCAACGUUAAUGCAAUCAGACACACCGAAGUAAGAAACAAGACAUUACUUUGUCUAAACUACAUGAUGCCCUGCAUAUCAUAAUGUUUAGCCUGUACUCAUGCCGAUCUCGGUACAUAAAACCUCUUACAGAGUAAAGCCCUCGGAUGAACGUCAAUUUGUUAUUACUUGUUUGUUUAAGCAUUUCUUGACUCAAUCUUAGUUCUUUGCUGUUUGGCCCUUUAGAUUGGGCAAGGUACAUACAGCAGUGUAUUCCAAGCGCGUGAACUGGAGACAGGAAAGAUUGUUGCCCUGAAGAAGGUACGAUUUGACAAUUACGAGCCCGAGAGUGUCAGGUUUAUGGCACGGGAAAUACAAAUACUCCGCAGGCUCAAUCACCCAAAUAUUGUGAAACUUGAGGGCGUGAUUACAUCUCGGUUGUCAUGCUGUAUAUAUCUUGUGUUCGAGUACAUGGAACAUGACCUUUCAGGGUUGUCAUCCUGUCCUGAUAUUCAAUUCAGUGAGUCCCAGGUUCGUCUGUGCUCGUGAAAACAAAAAUAACUUUAUUCUUUGACACAAAAAAAGAAGAAGAGAAGAAUUCCCUUUUUUUCCCACUUGCUCAUCGAAGAGUUUCAUUUUACUUGUCUACCUUGUAGGUGAAGUGCUACAUGCGCCAGUUACUCUCUGGACUUGAACAUUGCCAUUCGCAGGGUAUCAUGCAUCGUGACAUCAAGGGUUCAAAUCUUUUGGUUAACAAUGAAGGAAUCCUCAAAAUAGCUGAUUUUGGUCUGGCGAACUCUUAUUUGGGACAAAAGCAACCAUUAACAAGUCGUGUAGUUACUCUAUGGUAUCGCCCACCUGAACUUCUCUUGGGAUCAACAGACUAUGGAGCGUCAGUUGAUCUAUGGAGUGUUGGCUGUGUAUUUGGCGAAGUGCUUCUGGGGAAGCCUAUCCUACAGGGAAGAACUGAGGUAAUGACCUUCAGUGCUUCUCGUUUAGUGUUAUACUUGCCAUAUUGUGAGGCAAUACAGUUGUUUAGGGUUAUUAAAACCUUUUGUCCAGGCUUAAUGUGAAGCUAUAGAGGGUAUAUGUUAUUACACAUGGCCCUCUUUUACUCAUUCUUGAUUCUUCUACGUACUCACAAACUAUGUAUGCUAUAUGCCUUUUAUCUACAUAUUUGGGAUAUUUGAAAAAAAAAUCCUUCUUUCUUUACCUGUUAAACGGAGUCUAAAGUAAGUGAUUAUAUUUCCCCCUGAACGGAAAGUUACUUAAUUCUGCCUACAUCCCGAUUCGCAGGUUGAACAGUUGCAUAAAAUAUUUAAGCUAUGUGGCUCACCACCGGAUGAAUAUUGGAGAAAGUCCAAGUUACCGCAUGCAACUAUUUUCAAACCCCAUCAACCCUACAAAAGUUGCCUUAAAGAAACAUGCAAAGGUUUUCCAGACUGUGCAUUCAGUUUAAUAGAAACUCUCCUCUCAGUUGAACCUUAUAAGCGCGGAACUGCUUCCUCUGCUCUCAAAUCUACGGUAUGUAAUGUUUCAUUCUUCUCUCUCAAAGCCCGACACUUCAUCUAGCUAGUACAUAUUAUUUCUAAAAUGUUUUAAGCCACUAAAAUAGUUCAAGAUUUCGUAUGUUAUUUCACUUGUUUAUCAGUAGAGCAUGUGGAGCUACAUAUGAUUGUUUCGUUUAGCCGUUUUCCAGAUGGAAAACCAGUGGCAUAAAACUGCAAAUUGCCAAAUUUAUGUAUGCAAGACAAGUUGGCCAGUCAUUUAGAUUUCCAAAUAGAAAAUGAAAUAAUUAUAAGGCUAGAAAGUGCUUACCUUUCUAAGCUGUGAUUGCCAGAACUUCAGAAGUUUUGAUUCAUCAAUGAAAAUGUCAUGUCCGAAAGGUACAGUUUCUGAAUCCUAAAUGCUAGGCAAGUUUCCUGUGGAAGGCCCCUCUGCCCAUUUGGUUGGUUGGUCGAGGGGGAGAGCGUGGUGACGUUAAUUAUGUUAGUUUCAAUACCUUCAUACUUGUACCCUGUAAUCAUGCCUAUUCCUGCAUGCGGCUUUACCCAUGCCAUACACAUUUUCAUCCCUUGCUAUGUCCUGCUUUGCCACUGUGAUGAACCAUAGAUUCACUGGCCUUGGAGGGCAUUUUACGAAUUUCUUUUGUCUGGAUGCAGCCGAACUGUGUACCAUUUGUCAUCAGAUUAGCAGUGGCUCUUAUGUUUCUCUCAUUUAGUCUCCUGAUGACUACCUGCAUUACAGAGAGUGGUGCAACACUGAAAAAAAGAAGAAAAGAAAAAAAAAAAAGCAAGAGAUAGCAUCCGAAUAGCUAGAACUUUCAACUACCUCUUCUCAAAUCAGCUUGAACAGUCCUCUCGUUCACUGCAAUCUCCAACAUGAAAAUUAAUGCAUCAUCAGUGACACUCUGAGCCUGUCAUUGUUUCAUUUUAUGUUCUUAUGUAGAUCAGUGUUGUCAAAGUUAUAAUGGAGCAUACUAACCUUAUCUCAUUCUGGAUCAGUAUUUUGCUACAGAGCCUUAUUCAUGUGAACCAUCUAGCUUACCGAAAUACCCCCCUAACAAGGAGAUUGAUGCAAAGAAUCGCGAGGAAUUACGCAGGUGAUUGUUCAAAAUUCCAUUUUUUAAGAUACUUGAUAUUUAAAUUUAAUAUCUCUCCAUCGUGAGGAAAGUGCUAUAUUUUUUAAAGUGUCUUGAGCUGUAGAAUUUUUUUUAUUUCCCAUUCAUUGGCAAGAGACAUUAUAUAUGGAAAGUAUUUUCCAUUAAUUGCCAAAUUUCUUUCGUUGAUUCUGUAUGUUACCUACCUAUGGAUUUGGGAUUAUUUCCAAUAUGGGAUGCCAAGGAGAUUCCUUUGACUUUUUUUGAAUCUUGGGGAAUCUUCCCUGAAUACUUCCCAUAGAGCUGAUGAAUCCGCGCUUCGCAUCUAUCUUGUCUGACAAUGAAGCUAAAACUAUCGCAAAUGACCUAGAAUUAUGGUUGACAUCCUUCUAAGAUGCUAUCAACAGGCGUAUCUGACAACCGUUGUGGCGUUUCAGGAAAAGGGCUCCCAACAGGGGCCACGUAUCAAGAGGCUGUAAACCUUCGCGAGAAUCUAAUGGCCCAAACAGAUUGCCGUCAUGUGCUGAGGUAACAUCCAUCAUCUGUUCAGAAGCUGAUUGCAUCAUCUAUUCAUCUGCAAAGAAAAGCAAUGGGUAUCUGAUAUCAAUCAAAUUUGUUUUCUCUAGUCUCUGCGGGAGCUCAAAACAAAUGCCCAUGUGGUGAAAAGGAGUGGUCUCAAGCCAAAUCCUCAGAGCAGAGACGGCAGUUCUAGGCUCUUCACAGACCUGCAGGCAGUAUCGACAACAAGACCGCCAGAUGAAGCUUCCCACUCAAAGCUUCACUCUGAGGAAGGCAUAUCUUUCUCUGGGUCGCUGUUGCUUCCAUCCUCCGGUGGUUUCUCAUGGGCGAGACACUGGAGAGAGGACGAUGCAGGUUCAAGGCCAAACAGCAGAGCCAGUUCAAGGGAGGCCCAUGAGCUGUCCAAUGAGAAGGCGAAGUGGGUGGCCUUGAAGCAGCUGAGGCCAUUAACGCGCCCGGAUUCCUUCGACGCUUCUGAAGCCUUCAACUCCCAUAACCUCUCGGAGGUGCUCCUCUCGAGAGACUGCUGAUUCCUUUCCCCUUUUGGUUAUCGACGCUGAUUGUUCUCUUCGUUUUUUUUUUUCUUUUCUUGUUCAGAGUUCCAUGCAAGAUCAAGAAGAUCGAGUGGAGUUCUCCGGCCCUCUGCUGUCUCAGUUGAACAAGGUCGACGAGUUGCUGGAGAAGCACGAGAGGCAGAUCCGGCAGGCUGUUCGUCGCUCCUGGUUCCAACGGUGUAAGGAUUAUAUUGAGAAUUUAAUAUAUAAUAAUGGUUUGAUCCGGAAAUUAAUAUGUGAAAAACUUACUCCUAUCAUUCAUCGAUCACUUUUUUAA